AUGCGGCAGAGGAUCGGCUCCCAGGUCUCUUCUGCUCCAGGCUCACGGCCUUCCCGCGUCACCUUGACUGCGACAACUGUUGUAGUGGAACCACUCACGCCAUCCCACGCCACUGAUCUUUACGACAGUGUGAAAGGCGACAGCAAUAACCAUCUCUGGACCUACCUAUUCGACAACCCUUUCGCAUCACUCGCGGCCUUCCAGGAAGCCGUCACUGCAAAAUCUCACUCCGAGGAUCCCAUCUUCUUCGCCAUCGUUGAUAAGAAAAGCGCAAAACCAGUAGGCUGGAUAAGCCUCAUGCGCAUCGACACGCGACACCGCGUUGUGGAAGUCGGAAACAUCCUCUUCUCACCGCUAUUACAACGGACGAAGGUAGCUACCGAGGCAAUGUAUCUACUGGCCAAAUAUGUCUUUGAGACUCUGCAAUAUCGACGGUACGAGUGGAAAUGCGACAACCUGAACGCCCCAUCCCAGAGAGCGGCGAUAAGGUUCGGGUUCAUGUUUGAAGGUGUGUUCAGAAAGCACAUGAUCUACAAAGGGAGGUCCAGGAACACAUGUUGGUUUUCCAUGGUCGACGACGACUGGUUUGAGGGAGGUGUGAAACGGGGAUUUGAAGACUGGUUGGACGAGGGCAACUUUGAUGAAGACGGGAAGCAGAGGAGGAGGCUGGAGGAUGUGAGAAGGGAGCUGAAGGGGCAGAAGGGUCCUGUGGUAUUGGAGCUCUAA